AUGGAAGAACCACUCCGACGGGCGAGCGAUGGAGAACUUCGCAUUGCUUCAAAAGCGACUGAGCUGGAGAGGGUACGGCACGCGGGCAUAGGAGCCUCAGCAGAUGCCGCAACGCGGAUCUCACAACUGGAUGAGAGGCCGAUGGAGCACGACGGUGAAAUGGCAAAAGCCAGUGAAGAUGUUGUUGAGGAAGCUGGUGACGAACAAGUGGACGACAUACUCCAGGCCGACGCGGAACAGAGGACGAUUGGAAACUGGGAGCUGGGUCAGCAAGUGGCUCUUGAGCGAGCGGCGACUUUAGCCCAGUUAGAGGCUUCCAAUUCGCCGGCCAAUAGGGAGGUAGAUUCAAGCAACAAGCAUCGGCCUGUCACUGAGCUUCAUCUGUCGGAUAUUGUAAUGCUGUCGGCAGGACAGGCCACUGAGACUUUCAGCGAGGCAUCGAUUCCACCGGAACACAACAUCGACCCACAACCAUCCGGAGAGGUGGCAAAUGAAAGACCCCCAGUUCAUACUCAUCAAGCGAGUGCCGCAAAGCAGAGACAGCAGCCGCAAGCGAAACCCAGCAAGAUCCAAAAGAUCUCGACCGCGAAACCGACGGCGCGGGAUGCCCACCACACAACCAUGAGAGUCGAGGCUAUCGAUAUUGAACUUGAAGAGGCCUUGGAAAUUCCGCGAUCGGAACGUAUGUCCGUCGAUGAAGGGGCCACAAGAGUGCGCCAGGUUCGCUUCGAUAUCUCUCACGAGGCGGCAGGGUUUGCAGCCACUCCGGAAGGGGAGGACUUGGUGGACCAAAGAUUUCCCCGGAUCUCACCGCCUGCGGUUCCGUCAGGCGUAUCGACCUCUGGAAGUCAGACAGGCGAUGUAACGGCGGAAAGUCAAUUGUCCAUGGUCCCAGCUAAUUCGCCUCCAGCUGUGCCUUCCGAGAGUGCCACCGCCCUUCUCCCUGAACGGGCGAAUCUGGCCAGAGCCGAGGGGGCUUUACCUGGCCAUUCUGGAAAACGGCUGAAAGCGAGCACAGCUCGAGCAGAGAAGGUAGUUACUCGGCUUGACUUUGCGGACUGGGAUGGUAAUCUGGCGGAGGCGCCUGAUGCUCCAGCGCCACCAGUGACGACGACGGCCACGCAGAGUGAGACCGAACGGCGCAGCAGAAAGAAGCUCACGCCACGGAUUGUGGAACGACCGGCGCAGGAUGUGCGACCGCGUCGGGCAGGGGCGAGUGAUCAACCAGUUACGGUCGUGUUCCGUAUUCGGGACGACAGCGGCAAUUGGAGGACCGCGCACGAGGUGGUGAUAGAAGGGCCAGACCCGUCAGAGGUGGAACGAUUUGCGAGGAAGGAGGCGAGAAACCGACAGGCUACGUUCUAUGACAAGAAUGGGCGGAAGCUGACGCCAGCACAGUGUUUUGAGGCGGCGAUUGAGGACGGAAGCAAUAUGAUUUUUAUGCAACUUGGCGGAGACCUAGCGAUGGAUGAGGACACGAUGCGGUCGAUAGCGCGAGAGGCGGAAUUGUAG